CUCGCCAGAGCCUGGGCGGGGAGGCGGAGGAUGGAUGUAGGCUUAUCGGCCAUUACGCUCUAUCUCGCCAGCGCUAGCAGCCCUGUGGCGGCCACCACGAUGGACAGGGAGCCCGGGAGCGGGGUCGAAGGAGGAGAAGCCGACAGUUGUUCGGGAGCUGUGGCGGCCGCGGCGUUCCGGGAUCCAGCGCGGCAGGUGAACAAUGAGAGAGGCUUUGAAAAUGUAGAACUUGGCGUCAUAGGAAAGAAGAAGAGAAUCCCACGGAGAGUCAUACACUUCGUCAGUGGUGAAACCAUGGAAGAAUACAGCACGGAUGAGGAGGAAGUCGAUGGCCUCGAGAAAAAAGAUGUGUUACCUGCUGUUGAUCCGACAAAACUUACCUGGGGUCCCUACUUAUGGUUUUACAUGCUUCGGGCUGCCACAUCGACCCUCUCAGUGUGUGACUUUCUUGGAGAGAAGAUUGCAUCUGUUUUGGGGAUCAGCACCCCAAAAUACCAAUAUGCCAUUGAUGAGUAUUACCGGAUGAAGAAGGAGGAGGAAGAAGAAGAAGAAGAAAACAGGAUGUCUGAAGAAGCUGAAAGACAGUAUCAAGAACAACAGAAACAGAUGCAGGCUGAUUCCGUUGUUCAGACAGAUCAACCUGAAACAGUGGUUUCUACUUCCUUUGUGAAUAUCAAUUUCGAAAUGGAAGGAGACUGUGAAGCCAUUAUGGAGAGCAAGCAAAACCAAAAUCCAGUCUCCGUCCCACCGUAGAAAUGACUACCAAACUUCAAAUCUUGAGGUGGUUUUUAUACCAUGAACUCUCAUAUUCUCUAUCCCAAGGGACUUAAUAUACUUAUUUAUAUUUAAAUUAUUAAGUUAUCCAUAACAGGAAAAUGUUUCUUCAUUCUUCGGCUCUGUCAAAAGCCAUUUUGGAAAUUUGUGUAUUUGUACUAUGCAUUAUGCUACAUUAGUGAAUUAACAAAACGUUUUUAAAAAUGAAGGUCUAGGGCCUUACUUGCUUCUUAAGAAGAGUUUUGAAAAAGAUCAAACUUGUCAGUUAUUUGUAAAAUGGGUAAAUUGCUGAUUAAGUCUUAUUGGAGUUGAUUUUCCUGGUCUCAAUUAAAAUGAGGACACCCCCCCCUAGAUUUUCUCAUAUUGCCUUGCAUUUACAUAUGGCUAUUAAUUUUGCACUAAGUCUGGCUCACUGAGUAUAAUAAAAGGAUUAAGAUGGAA